CUCUUGCUGGAAUUAAUCCAAACUCAGAUCAACCAGCUUUCUUAUAUUCUUAUUCUUGYUGAAAUCCAAGAUAAAGAGAAAAUCAAAGAUGAGUUCUACAAGUAGGGCAUGGAUUGCUGCAGCAAGCGUUGGAGCUGUUGAAGCAAUGAAAGAUCAGGGCAUCUGUAGGUGGAAUCACGCUCUGAGAUCGUUACACCACCAAGCCAAGAACAAUCUGGGCUCAUUCUCUCAGUCCAAGGGGAUCCUCUCUUCUUCUUCCUCGGUGAUAGCCACUAACAAGGCGAUGCAAAACGAGCAGCAGAUGAAGCAAUCUGAAGAGUCUCUCAGAAAAGUUAUGUACCUAAGCUGCUGGGGUCCCAACUGAUGAGAUCGAGGAAAGUUUUCUACAAUUUUGGGCCAAAAAUGAAGACAGAAAAUUGGGAGUGAAGAUUGAGAAGAAUCCAUUAGCUGGAAAAAAAGAGAUAUCACCAUGAAGUGAUAUCAUCUGUUCCCUCCCCCUCGAUCGAGACUGAGAACAAAACAUCUGAAGAACUUUGUGAAAACCAAACCAAUAUAAGCUGUAUAUCAGACGAGAUCAAUUGUCUUACAUUUUCUUAUAUUUUUUAUGUUUUUCAUGAUACAUACGCCUGCCUCAAUUUCAUAAUUCAUGAAAUACAAUCAAUCUCUUCUGUCAUGGAGAUGUUUUCUGUGUUUCAAUUUGGUUGGGAAUGGCUGAAAUGCUCUUAUAAUAUAUGUAAGCUAGAGAGGAUUACGAGCACCA